GAGCUAAGUCUGUGCAUUUGAGCAAGUGAUUAUAGUGUGUUUACUAUUAUUUUGAUUUUUAUAGAAUGAACUUUAAAGAAUUUUUGUUAAGUUCUCCAUAAAUAUUAUCCCUUAGAAAGUACUAAGUAAUAUUGUUAUAAUUAUACAUAAUGUCCCGCCUCAUUAUUAAAAAUUUACCCAACAAGGUAACUGUCGAAAACCUGAAAGAUAUAUUUAGUGAAAAAGGAGAAGUAACGGAUGUUCAGCUAAAGUAUACAAAAGAUGGAAAAUUCAGAAAUUUUGGAUUUGUUGGAUACCGGAAUGAAGAGCAGGCUCAAGCUGCGAAAGAUUACUUCGAUGGUACUUGUAUUCGUUCGAUGAAAAUAAAUGUACAAGUUUGUGCCAAUCUUGGUGAUGAAAAAAAACCCCGAGCAUGGAGUAAAUAUGCACCUGACAGUACAGCGUACAAGAAAAUUCACAAAGACGAAACUGAAACCAAAUCGGAAAAGAAAUUACAGAAAAAGAAAGAAAAAAAUAAAAAUAAAAUUAUUGAUUUACUAAAAAAGCAUAAGGAUGAUCCUCUUUUUGCUGAAUUUAUUGAUGCUCAUGUUAAUGAUAAAACAACUUGGAUAAAAGAAGCUUUUGAAAAUGCUAUUAAUACUGAUAAUGCUAGUAGCACUGAAGAGGAAGCUACAGAAGCAGUUGACAUUCAUACCCAAAAAAAUGAGAAUUCAAUGGAAAAUCUUGAUAAAACAGAGAAUAAAAUUGCCAACAAAGAAAUUAGUGAUUUGGAGUAUAUGAAAUUGUUAAUGAAAAAAGUAGGGGGAGUAACCACAGACACUCCAGAAAUUAAAGAGCAAACAACAAAGAAAAUCAGAAACAGGCCACUCUUCCAUGUAAAGAUAACUGGUCUCCCCUUCAAAUGUAAAAAAAAAGACAUCAAGGAGUUUUUCCGACCUCUUGUUCCAUAUUCAAUAAGAUUACCACUUGGUAAAGGGAAGAGAGUAGCAGGUUUCUGCUAUGUAGGAUUUAGAACUGAAAAGGAACUCCAGAAGGCACUUAGUAAAGACAAACUAUUUAUUGCUAAUCAUCGUAUACACAUACAUAAAUAUGAAGACCACUCAAAAAAAGCUGCAGAAGAAGAACUACAUAAUAAUCAAAAGAGGAGAGAAGAGAAACAUUAUAAUGAGGAAAGUAUAGGUGAAAGUGGAAGCAUAUUUGUAAGGAAUUUACCUUACAUAAUAUCAGAAGAUGAACUAACUAAUUUGUUUGAAAAGUAUGGUCCUAUUGCUGAAUUAAAUAUGCCUCUCGAUCAAAUACUACGACAGCCAAAGGGAUUUGCGACGGUGACGUUUGUGAUGCCGGAACAUGCCGUUAAAGCGUACACGGAACUUGACGGCACUGUGUUUUGUGGCAGGAUGCUCCAUCUGCUACCUGCUAAAGCGGAAAAAUUGGAAAAUAGUGACGAUGAAGGUCUUUCGUUCAAGGAAAAGAAAGCAAAAAAGUUGAAGGCCCAAGCAAAAUCUUCACACAACUGGAAUUCAUUAUUCUUGGGAGCAAACGCUAUUGCGGAUGUUGUCGCUUCUAAUUACGACACCACAAAAGAACAACUAUUGACUGACAAUAACAAAAACACAAGUGCUGCUGUUAGAUUAGCUCUUGGUGAAACACAGCUGGUUGCAGAAACCAGAACUUUCCUUGAAAACAAUGGCGUUUAUCUAGAUGCAUUCAGCAAGCCUGCUCAAAGAAGAUCAAAAACCUGUAUAUUAGUGAAAAAUUUACCAUCAAAUACAGAAAUGAAUGAAAUCAAAGUAUUAUUUGAGAAACAUGGUCGUAUAGCUAGAUUCUUAAUGCCAAAACAUGGCAUCUCUGCACUUGUAGAUUUUAUAGAACCGUUUGAAGCUAAGAAAGCUUUUAAUGAUUUAGCUUAUUCUCAAUUUAAAUCUUCCCCAUUGUAUUUGGAAUGGGCACCGGAGAAUGUUUUCAUUAAACCUACUCAAAUUACUGAAUCUGAUAUCGAUAGUAAAAAAUCAACUGUGAAAGCCAACGAAGAAGGCAAUAAAAAUGUAGAUAAACAAACUGUUUCUUCGAAACAAAUGAAAGAACCAAUUAAGGAAGAUAUCAAAAUCGAAGAAGAAUCUGGUGAACCAGAAAAUGACACAACAUUGUUUAUAAAAAAUUUAAAUUUCAUAACAACUGAAGAAGACUUAAAAAAGCAUUUUUCAGUGGCAGGAAAAAUCUAUAGUGUCACAAUAGCAAAAAAGAAAGACCCCAAAAAGCCAGGCCAUUUCCUUUCUAUGGGCUAUGGUUUUGUACAAUACUAUAAAAAGCAGGACACAAACGAGGCUCUCAAGAUUUUACAGAAUACGACGUUAGACUCUAAACAGUUGGAAUUGAAAAGAUCUGAACGAGGAAAUACGAACGAAGUCAAGACAUCUAAAAAAAGCAGUAAAGAUAUUGGCCAAAAUGGUACGAAAAUUCUGGUGCGAAAUGUGCCAUUCCAAGCAAACCGAAAUGAACUGCAUGAAAUAUUCAGGGCAUUUGGAGAAAUAAAGACGUUACGACUGCCUAAAAAAUUAACACCUGGAUCAGAUCAACACCGCGGUUUUGCUUUCGUCGACUAUCAUUCGAAGGCUGAUGCUAAGAGUGCCUUUGAAGCUUUAUGUCAUUCAACGCAUUUGUACGGGCGACGUCUAGUUUUAGAGUGGGCAGAUCAAACUGAUGAAAACGAAGAUAUUACUGCGUUGAGGAAAAGAACCGCAGAAAAAUUUAAUGCUGGUUUACCUGGUGGUAAAAAAUCAAGGAAAGGGGCUGUAGAUGUUGAAUCAUUUGUUGACGGUGAUUAAUAGUUAUAACAAUUUGUUUAUGGUAAAAUCAGAUAUUAUUUUUAUUCAUUGUGAAGGAAGUGGAGUUUUAAUAUAAGUUGAAGUGCACUUCAAUUGAAUACCCAACAUGUUGACAUGUAAAAAAUUGUUAAAUAAAAUAUUUCCAG